AUAAGCGGAGGAGCGCCGCUGGACAGCCAUCGAGAGCUUUCUAGAAACGUGUAUUGCCCGUGGACGGAGGCUAACCGGCACGGGCUGUCUUGUGCUCUCUGGGUUCGGUGAAGACGUCUGAAGAUCUAUUGCAAGCCAGAUGGCUAAGUGGGGAGAAGGAGACCCUCGCUGGAUUGUGGAGGAGCGGGCUGACGCGACUAACGUCAACAAUUGGCAUUGGACUGAACGAGAUGCUACAAACUGGUCGUCUGACAAGUUGAAAUCCCUGCUCCUGGGCCUGAGUGUGGAAAAUGAUGAGGGCAUGUGUGAGGUCACUGAUGUUGGCAAGGUGGAAGGAGAGGCAUCUAUCAACAACCGCAAAGGGAAACUCAUUUUCUUCUAUGAAUGGAACCUGAAAGCAACUUGGACUGGAAAAUCUAAAGCGGGGAUCAAAUAUAAAGGAAGCAUCGAAGUUCCAAACCUCUCUGAUGAGAACGACAUGGAUGAUCUUGAUAUAUCUAUAACGCUGAAUAAAGACGAGCCAGACACUACACUGAUCACUCUAAUGAAGACGAAGGGAGCUGAAAAAAUCCGUGAGGCUCUGGGAAGCUAUGUAGGCUUCCUAAAGACAGAGUUCACGCAAGGAAUGAUUUUGCCUACUGCCAACGGCAUGGCCAAGCCUCAGUCCUCGCAGUCCAAAGCCAAGGUGGAUAAAACUCAGAUAUCCGCAGGCAGCACAGCCACUCCAUCAAACGCUGGUGUGAAAAUCCCCACCUGUAAAUUCAGUAUGAAAGAGACCUUCCUCACCUCACCAGCAGAUCUCUUCAGGGUCUUCAUCAACCAGGAGAUGGUCCAGGCUUUCACGCAUUCUCAGGCCAUGGUGGACGGAGAGAGGGGCGGGAGGUUUCGCUUGCUAGAUGGAAAUGUGCUCGGUGAAUUCGCGGAGCUGGUACCUGAGCAGAAAAUAGUCAUGAAGUGGAGGUACAACACCUGGCCCUGUGAACAUUAUGCAACAAUUGCAUUGACCUUCUUUGACCUGGGCAACGAGACGGAGCUAAAAGUGGAGUGUCGAGGAGUCCCCGAGAACGAGGAGGAGAGGACAAAGCAAGGCUGGCAGAGAUACUACUUCGAAUCCAUCAAACAGACUUUCGGUUAUGGAGCACGAAUCUACUGAAGCCGGUCUACGGCGGUACUUUUUUGUUUUUUUUUCAAGUCUUCAUGUUGCUCAGUUCCUCAGACGCAUUCAUUUCAAUUGGAAAAAGCUGUAAGAGGUAACGCGAAGGCUGUAAUAGGUGGGCUAAACUGUUCAUCUGUGUUCUCAUGUAUGAAUAUUUUAAUUCCACAACACGUUUUGUUUGUUAUCACCCCCCAACUCAGUAUUCUGGUCAGUUGUUUGAGCGUACAAGAACUGUGCCUUUAGGUCUCAGGAUGGGAAAUUAUGAAUAAAUAAAGAGAAUCCAUUGGUUUGAUGGGAAAACAAUUUGGCCUCCAGUUCUAAAUAUAUUUAAGCGUUUCUUUUGUGUGAAAGAAACAAUAUAUUGCUUUGAAAAUGAAUGAGUUCUGUUUUUUAUUUUGUCCUUCAUGUUUUAGUGUAAUAAAGAUGCUUUCAGCGAAGAUGCAUGUUCCAUUUAAAACUUGAUGGAUGCUGGGGGGGCUGGGGUUAGACUUCUGGAUAUGAACUAUACUAGUGGACUGUGUCACAAUAGCUAAGCAGUACUGUCGGCUGUUUUUCUUUUUUUUUCUAUUCCAUCAUGCACGUCACGAGCCCAGCAUCUGAGCUAGGAACACACCGGUUUGGGCUUUUGGCAGUAACGUUUAAACACGAUGUACGUCAACGUGUAAAUAUUUUCAAUUUCUUAUGCAGGGAGGAGGCCCGGUGACUAGAAAAAGAAAAAAAGUUCUGCUUUUGUCGGCUUCAAAAUGUAAAUUUUAUCAUAUGAAGAAAAUGUAAAUUUCCAUCUGGUUUCAAGACAAAAUGCAUCUAUUUAUUCUUCAUUUCAUCCCUGUGCAUUGUACAAAGACGAGUUUCUUGUAAUAAACCAA